GUUUCUUUUUUCUUCUUUUUCCUCUUAUUCUUGUCUAUUGUUUGAUUCACCAUGUCUGAUAUGAACACUGUUGCAAAGGCAUUUACUGACUUCUACUACGAAACCUUUGAUGGCGGCAGACAAAACUUGGCGUCUCUUUAUAGAGAAAGUUCCAUGUUGACUUUUGAAGGUGCUCAGUUCGUUGGUGCCAAUGCCAUUGUUGAAAAGCUUGUGUCCCUUCCUUUCCAAAAGGUGCUGCACCGCGUGUCCACGUUCGACGCUCAACCCAGCGCCCCUAACAGUAGUAACCUUCUUGUUACCGUCACUGGCCAACUUUUGAUUGACGACGAACAGAACCCUCAAAUGUUCAGCCAAACUUUCCAGUUGAUUGCUGAGAACCGCACUUACUGGGUUUACAACGACAUUUUCCGUUUGAACUACGCUUAAACAUAUUUUGGGCUCUUCGUUUCACUUGAGCAUAUAAUGAAGAACAAAGGAAAAUCAAUGCACACAAUAUUCUCCAUAAACAACAACAACAGACACACUUUUGUCAU